AAAAAUUUUCUGUGGCGGAAUUAGCUAUGACACAACUGGGGAUGAUUUGGCUUCGCACUUCUCGCAGUUUGGUUCUAUUAAGGAAGCUCAAGUUAAAUACGAUCGGAUGACUGGACGCUCUCGCGGAUUUGCUUUUGUCGAAUUUGAAACGGUUGAUGGCUGUAGAGCUUCACUGACACUUCGUGAACAGACAAUUAAAGGAAAACAAUGUGAAAUCAAGCCUGCAAAAACGCGUGAAGUUGGAUAUAUGAACAAGAAAGUGUUUGUUGGUGGUUUGCCAAUUGAUUUUUCAGAGAAUGAGCUGCGCGAGCAUUUCCAACAAUAUGGACGUGUUGAAGAUGUUGAAUGGCCAUUGGACAAAGUUAGCAAGGCACGCAAGAGUUUUGCGUUUGUUGUUUUUGAAUCUGAAGAGGCUGCUGAAAAAGCUGCUGCUCAUCCUAAACAGAAUUUUGCUGAUCGAGAGUGUGACGUCAAAAAAGCUGUCCCACAGAGUCGUCGACCUCAUUUUGGAGGACUUGGAGGUAUUGGUAACUUUUCUCGUUCAACGGGUGGUGGACUUCUUUUGCGUGGAGGUUAUGGUGGUGGAGGUAUUAGAUGUGCUGCGAGUGGUGGUGGUGGUGGAAAUUCUGCUUAUUUGACUGGGGGAGGCGGUGGAGGCGAUUCUCAUCUUCACCAUCAACAACACCAUCAACCUCAACAUCAAAUGCAAUUGUAUUAUCCUCCGCAUCAAGCUGCUCAAACUUCGGCGGCUGCUUGGUAUCACCAGAUGAAUGCUACUGCUGCAUGGUAUAACGCUGCAUACAAUGGAGGUGCUUGGUAUGGUGCUGCACCCACUGCUGCUUCAUCUACAGCUGUUGCUGCUCCUCAAUUUCCAACUUGA